GAUGAAAUUAGGAACAGGAACGUGGGUUAGUUUCAUUUUGAUUGAGUGGCAGUCUGCGCUUGACUCCUUGUGCUGUGUGUGUUGUGUCUAGGAAACAACAACACACUACAUUUUCCAUUUCCAUUCUUUUCUAUUUCCUUUCCACACUCACUGUCUCUUCUUCUUCUUCUUCUUCCACUAUUCAUUCUUCUCCUUCUCCUUAGGGUUCCGAUGCCCCACCAAUGGAUACGGUGAACCAUCACCGGGAAGACCCACCGCCGCUUCCCAUGCACCUCGACACCUUCCAUCACGCCAACGCUUCCGACGAAGGGGAACAACCUGCUCCACUCGCCAUUGCUUCUUCUGCUCCGCACGCCCGCACCAGUGAACUCACCAUUUCCUUCGAAGGCGAGGUCUAUGUUUUCCCAGCUGUUACGCCCGAUAAGGUCCAGGCUGUAUUAUUACUCUUGGGGGGGCAGGAGAUGCAAAAUAACGGCCCUGCUUCUGACAUUUUGUUGCAGCAAAACUGUCAGGACAUUAGGGGAAUAAAUGAUCCCUCCCGAAACUCGAAGCUUUCACGAAGAUUUGCAUCACUUGUUAGGUUUCGUGAAAAACGAAAAGAGAGAUGUUUCGAGAAAAAAAUCCGGUAUUCUUGCCGUAAAGAGGUUGCCCAGAGGAUGCAUCGAAAGAAUGGACAGUUUGCGUCAUUAAAGGAAGACUACAAAUCUCCUACUGAAAACUGGGAUUCAAGCAAUGGUACUCCUUGCCCAGAAUCUAUUGAACGUAGAUGCCAGCAUUGUGGAAUUAGUGAGAAGUCUACUCCAGCUAUGCGUCGAGGACCAGCAGGUCCAAGAUCUCUGUGCAAUGCCUGUGGGCUUAUGUGGGCAAAUAAGGGAACUCUGAGAGAUCUCAGCAAAGCAGGAAGGGUUGCUUUUGAACAAAAUGAACUGAAGAUGUUUGGAAUUUCACAUCUAAUAAUAUUCUCUUAUUAUAAGGAUACUUCAGCUGAUAUAAAGCCUUCAACAACAGAAGCAGAACAUUCUUGUGCUAACCCGGACAAGGAGGGAAGUCCUGAGGAAACUAAGCCUGUACAAAUGGAUUCCAGACAGUCACCUGAGAAGACAAAUGGGCAGUUUAUUAUCGGAACUGAUGAAUCAGUUACUGACAACUUGUCCAUCCAAGUGGAGAAUCAGGCUCUUAAUCUGCAUGAGCAGGACACUCUUGAGGAUCUUGCUGAUGCUUCUGGGACCGAAUUUGAGAUUCCUGCUGGUUUUGAUGACCAGGUUGAUAUGGAUGAUUCCAACCUGAGGACUUACUGGCUGUGAUGUAGAGAUAUUGCUGUGCGCAAUCAGCAUGGUUUGUUCACUAUGGAAAUGAAUGUGCACCGCUGGUUCAACUAACAUUGCACUUCUAGAAAUAGUUUAUGUUUUAUAGACAAACUAUUUCUUGAAGGCUGUUAAUUAUAUGAUUGUAGACUUACAGUUUUCUUACAUGAGUUCCUGUACAUCCCCUUGGGACCAGAUUUUAUUUCUAUAAUGUGAAUAGUUCAGUUUUUAUACCUUUA